UAUAAAUAGUGGUUGCUGUCAAACAAAUAUACAUCACAAGUUGCUAUACUUAGUUGAGUUCAAGAAUGUCUACAAAAGUUGUAACUGCCGUACCACCCAAGAUCACUGCAGUUUCUGCAAUUGUUCCUGGCAAGUUUGAGUUUCGUCUAAGGGUUCGUGUGAUUCACUAUUGGACACUUCCUGAACGCUACAACUCUACAGAUAUAGGAAGUUUGCAUAUGAUCUUGCUAGAUGAUAAGUGCGGCAAAAUUCAGGCCACCGUUAGAAAGAAUUUGAUUCCUACAUUUAAGGAGCAGAUUGAAGUAGGUUCCUCAUACGUGUUUGAAAAUCUUAUGGUGGGUAGCAACCACCCUUCCUACAAAGCUACGACACAUAAGUACAAACUGAAUUUCAUGCAAUCAACUAAAGUAUUCAAAGUUAAUGCUCCUGAUAUACCUCAAUAUCAUUUUGAUUUCAUACCUUUCUCUGAAAUUUUGAGUGCUACUAAAGAAGACAGGUUACUUGAUAUUAUUGGCCAUGUUGUGGAAACAAAUGUCGUCAAUGAAGUUGAGAAAAAUGGAAAAAAGAGUAAGGUUAUGGAUCUGACUAUUGAAGAUUUAGAGAGCAACAAAAUUCAUUGCACAUUGUGGGAGGAUUUUGCAGAAAUGAUGCAGAAAUUUAUGGACAACCAUAAAUCUUCUGAUCCAAUAAUCAUGAUACUUCAAUUAUGCAAACUGAAAAAGUUUUUUGGUGCUAUGGGAGUCUCUAAUGCUUACUAUGGAACUAAAAUGAUGUUGAAUGCGGAUUUGAUAGACACUGCUAAUUAUAUAUCUAAGAUGAAUGGUACUGAGAUAGAAAUCACACAAGGAGUGAGUCAAAUGUCUGGUCCAACAAUUGUCCCUCUAGCAGAUGACUUGCUCCAGACACAAAAAAUGACAAUUGAGAACUUGAUAGAAUCCACUGAGAAAUGUGUUGGUACUGUUCUAGCAAGAACAUGUGAACUUGAGACAGAUCUUGGAUGGUAUUAUCAAGCUUGCACAAAGUGUGCAUCAAAGGUUACUACUAGAACUGGGGUUAUUUACUGUGAUAAAUGCCAGCAACCAAGGACCGCUAUUCCUAGGUUCAAGGUUAAUGUUCAAGUAAUUGAUAAUUCUGGAUCAACAACUUUUACUCUCUUUGAUAGGGUGGUUUCUCAAGCUUUGGGAAGAAAUGUACAAGAUCUGUUGGAUAACAUGAAUCAUGAUUUAGCUUAUCCACCGGAGCUUGAUGUAUUUGUGGACAAACGAAUGUUGUUUAAGGUAGAAGUUACUGAUGCCAAUUUGUUUCGUAAUUGGCGCAAUUAUACUGUGAAGAAGUUGACUGAAGACGGGGAGAUGAUCAAUCAGUUUUUAACAUUGCAUGGGAUAAAUUUGAAUGAUGUGGGUAUAGAUGCUGAAUGUGUUCAGAUAGGAGGUGAAGUUGCUGAUAAUAAUGUUAUGGAGGCAAUUGAAGGUGGUGAUUCAAACAAAGAGGAAUUGACUACUGCAGAUUCUGGAAAUACACCUACAAGCAAGAUAUUGGGGAAGAGGUUGUCUGAUAGUCCUGAAUCAAUUGCUGUGAAUGAUAUCAACGGUGGUGCUUCAUCGGUUGUUAAAGAUUCUAAAUGUGUAAAGCUUGAAAAAUCUGAUUGAGUGGCCUGCGUGCUAAAAAAUAUUCGUUGUGUCUUGCAGUUAUUUUCUUUUUAAUUUACCAGUUGUUGA